CGAACUGGCAGCUGGCAGGAAAUUGUCAAAAAUUGCUAAUUUUGCUUUGUUUUGAAUUCAUACGUGCACUUAUUCAAGAUUUAUUUUCUAUUAUUAAAUCGUAAUUAUUGUGUUAAUUAAUAAUAUACUAGAUAAGUAAAUUUUCCGAGAUCUCAGAUUAUUUGGAGGGCAAGACUCCUAGACAAAUAAAUCAGGAAAUGUGUUAGACUGAAUUACUUGUAAUUUAUAAAAUCACACAAUGGGAAAUCAGCUUGUGGGGGUUGCACCGUCGCAGAUAUAUCCUGUAGAACAUUAUCUGAGCGACCAUGUGGACCUAGCGUUCGAUCAGAGCCUCGGUUCUACCAGAUUCUUGAAGGUAGCUCGUGCGAGAUCCCGUGAAGGACUUGUGGUUGUAAAGGUGUUUGCGGUACAUGAUCCUUCGCUCCCAUUAGCGGAGCAUAAGGAGCGGAUCCUGAAGAUAAAAGAGCAACUAGCUUCUGCAUUCAACUGUCUGCCGUAUCAAAGAGUUAUUCUAACAGACAAAGCAGGUCUGUUAAUGCGUGAGUACUGCAAGUUCAGCGUAUACGACCGCAUGUCCACACGCCCAUUCCUGACCACCUUGGAGAAGAAAUGGAUCACCUUCCAAGUGCUCUACGCUUUGCAUCGCAUGCAUAAACUCGGGAUAUGUCAUGGGGAUAUCAAACUAGAAAACGUAAUGGUGACAUCCUGGCUAUGGGUACUGCUGACAGACAUAGCAUCAUUCAAACCAACCUUCCUGCCUGAUGAUAAUCCUGCGGACUUCAGCUACUUCUUCGACACAUCACGCAGGAGGCUCUGCUACGUCGCGCCUGAGAGAUUCGUGAGGGCACCCGACCCACAUAAUAGACCUGGGGGAGACGACAAAAUGGGUGGGUUGUUGCUGAGCGAAUCACCUUGUAAAGUUGGUGAACUGGUACCGAGUAUGGACAUAUUCUCGGCUGGUUGUGCCCUCCUCGAGUUAUGGAACGAUGGGACCCCAGCUCUGGACCUGCCAGGUCUCCUCGCGUACCGUAACGGUGAGGACAGACCUUCCACCAUGACCCUCAGCACUGAUGAUGAAGACCUGAAGAAUCUACUGCACUCCAUGACUGAAAGAAACCCCAGGGAUAGGAAGUCUGCUGAGCUGUAUCUUGAUGAAGCUAGGGGGAAAUUAUUCCCCGAGUACUUUUACUCGUUCCUCCAAUCGUACAUGCUGAUAUUCUCCGGCCAGCCAAUUCUACCAGCAGACGAGAAAAUACUCCGCAUCCACCAAGACAUUAAGAACAUAAUAAAAAUAUUCACUCAACCUUCAGAUGCCAAAAACUACAAAGAUCUGGUCGAAGAGACCACAGAACACCAAUCAGUGGACAAUAUUGACAAAUUAAAAGACAAUUUUAAAGUUUUAAAUGUAAAUACUACAGAUUUUGACGAUGAGGACGAUAAGGCGCCUGAGAUUAAAGAACUGAGCCCCGACAGUGAAGGGUUGAUCUUGAUUACGUCACUAGUGACGUCAUGUAUUAGAGGCUUGCAUCAUUGUACCUCGAAAUUGUAUAGUUUGGAGAUUUUGCAGUUGCUGUGUGAGAAUUGUAGUUCAGAAACUAUAUUGGACAGGAUUUUGCCGUAUAUCAUCCAGUUGUCCCACGACAGUAUGUCCCGCGUGCGCGCGCGCGCCGUGUAUACCUGCGCGCGCGCCGUGGCGGCCGUGCGCGGGCUGCCGCACGCGGACUGCAACGUGUUCCCGGAGUACAUACUGCCCGAGCUGGCGCCCAGGGCCACCGACCCCAGUGUGCCUGUCAGGAUCGCUUAUGCUAAUAAUAUUGCGAGAUUGGCAGAAACAGCGGUUCGAUUUCUAGAUCAGACACAGAAUAUGGUGGACAAAGAGGCAGCUAACAUUAAUUAUGAGACCGAACUAUCUGCACUACAUGAAAUGGUCCGGUCAACAGUAUCGUAUCUCCUGACAGACUCGCAAGCAGUCGUGAAGCGAGCGCUAGUAGAGAACGGUAUCACGAAGCUGUGCAUCUUCUUUGGGAAACAGAAAGCAAACGACGUGAUCCUCUCCCAUAUGGUUACAUUCCUAAACGACAAGGAGGAGGCGGCACUACGCGGAUGCUUCUUCGAGAGAGUUGUAGGAGUCGCCGCAUACGUAGGACACCAUGCCGCGCCCAUACUCGUGCCGCUAUUGCAACAGGGCCUGACGGACCAGUCGGAGUGGAUAAUCUCGAAGGCAGUCCGCGCCACGACCAGCCUGUCGGAGCUGGGCCUGCUCAACAAACAGACGCUGUGUGACCUCGUCGCGGAGAGCGCCGUGUUCCUUGCACACCCUAACUUAUGGAUCCGGCAAGAAGUAUGUGGUCUAGUAUCGUGUGUGGCGAGUCUAAUGAACCCGAUCGACGUGCACUGCAAGAUACUGCCACUCGUCUGGCCACAUCUCAAACACAAACUUAUACAGGUGGAGAGGCCGGAACUCUUGUUGGAGAGUCUGUCUGAGCCGAUCCCACGCAAGGUGCUGGACGCAGUACUACGGCACGGAGACGUGGACCGACUCGUGCAGACUCUACGCGAGAGGAGAAAUACUCGGCUCAAGGUGAAACAAGGCACAGUGCCUCAGUACUCAGAGAUGGGUCAGCAGCUCAGGAACUUGUUCCGUAGACUCGCGUCCGAUGGUAUGACGGAACAUGUCGAGAAUCAACUGCUGGCGAUGAGCACUCAUUUGAUCAAGAUACAAGGCUCGUCUACACAGUGUUUUCGCACGCACAAAACGUCCGGCUCGCAGGAGUCACACAUGAACACUGAGUGGCAACAUAUGUUCGGACACUCACACGAACAUCCGAAAGUGUCAGAGAGCGUGUCCCAGUCGGUGGGCGCGAGUACCGCGGCCGCGAUGUCGCAGGCCCCGCCGCCGCAUCACUCGCAGCUCGCGCAUAGUGCUAGCUAUGUACAAUACAGCAUGGCUCCGUGUCGUAUUGAGUUAAGAGAUCUUACAGCGCGCAUGCAGCAGAAGUAUCAGAAGACUUUAAGGAGCCCGGAGGACUCGGUGGAGUGCAAUGACGAGACGGUGCCCCCGCCCGGCUGGCGGCCCGGGAACCAACUACUGGCCUACCUACAUGAACACAAAGCCCGAGUGAACCAGUUGGUAUGUCUACCGGCGUCUCGUUCAGUGUUCGCGUCAUGCUCCGACGACGGUACCGUCAGGUUAUGGGACGCCGCCAGGCUACAUACUCAAGCGCAUAUUAACAGAUCGAAGUCGAUGUACAAUAGAAACGCAGGUCCCGUGGUAUCUCUGGCCGCGUGCGAGGCUGGCCAGUCUCUGGUCGCUGCCACGCAGGAGUCUGUCUUCGUACUACGAGUGGACGGCACGUCGUCCCGCAUGAACCUGUCGCAAGGUCGUCAGCUGGAGGGCGACGGCGACGACGCGCUGUGUGUGGCUGCGCCCGCGCAUGGCAACGUCAUCGCGUACGCCACGCUGUUCGCCAAUAUUGUCGGAUGGGACCUACGGGCGCCUGGUAACGCGUGGAAGUUACAAGGCGACUUAAAGCAGGGAGUGACGACAUGUCUGUACGCGGACCCCACUGGGUACCUGGCAGUGGGCACGUCUAGUGGCGCCAUCUGUGUCUGGGAUCUGCGGUUCCAUUUACCGAUCACUUCUGUUAGACAUCCUAAUUCGGAGCGCGUGCGUCGCAUAGUGGGCGGCGGCGCGGCGGGCAGCGUGUGGGCGGCGGGCCACAGCGACGCGGCCGCCUGGAGCCUGGAGUCCACGCAGCGCACCGUCGCGCUCUGGACCUGCACCAACUCGCUGCAACCGCUGCACUACACGCCCGUCGCCUCGCAGUAUAUAAGCGCUAUAUACUGCGGCACCCGCGAAGGCAACCGUUUCGUGGUGACAGGCGGCUCCGACCAAAGACUCCGCUACUGGGACCUGGAGCACCCUGAGGACUCUUAUAUACUGCUACAUGCGCAUAACGACUCGUUAAAGAAUUCGCCUGGGGCGCUUAAAUACAGGAGCCGAAUAAUAGAUGGCACCACAGUGAUACAAGAAUGUUGCAAGCUCAACCCUUCGACUCCAGCAUCAAUGCCAGACGACAAUAUAUACAGAAGCGUGGAAUCCAGGUCGUUUUACCAUACAGCUCCUAUCACAGACCUUACCGUCGUCGAGGGAACCAAACCGUAUCUAGUCAGUGCUUCGGCCGACGGCGUUAUUAAUGUAUGGAAAUAGAAGCUAUUUUGAAUAAUUUUUUGGUAAGAAAAAUGUGAUUAUGUAUUUGAUGAAAUAUUGUGAAUUGUUUGUGUGCGUUAGUUGGUUAACACGUUAAACGCCAUGGCAGUCACUGGUGACCGACAUUAGCGGAGGAUUUGCCUUCAACAGUUUUUUAUUGGCAGCCAAUGCCUUAAAAUUGGUUUUGAUGAGCCAAGUGUUAAAUAGGUAUGGGUGUUGUAAUUGGAGGCUAGUUUUUCCAAAAAUGACAGAUGCUGUUUUACUUUUAAAUACGCCAAUUAUGCGCUAUAAUUAUCUUCUCUAUAAUAUUUACCGAUGUCAGCGAAAUCUUAGACAGAUAUUAGUAAUUCCGAUAUGUUAGUUCAAAUAAAAAAUUGUUGGUUUCGAUUUUUCAAACCAUUCAAAUAUGUUAUCAUAAUUUGACGGACGCCUUACAAUAUAAUCAAAGGAUCCUACGUACAACGAAAAAUUCGUUUGUGAUAUCUGGAAAAGGUAUUGUAUUUGACUUGCAGAUUAAAAAUAUUGUAACAGAACUGCAUGAUACUACAUUAUCGAGAUUUGUUUUUUUUAAUAUUUUUAUGGACUUGUGCUGUGUAACUGGAUUUGCAUAGUUUGACCCCGUGUGAUCAUCGGACAGUGUCAAUAACCUAUUUACGGUUAGACUUAGAGCCUAAUUUCUAGGUUCUAAGUCCGAUCUAGGUUUUUAAUAGAGGGCUUAGUACGAGAUUGUCUUAAUUGUUGGAGAGCCAUGGGCCGGCUCGACCGGAGUGAUACCACGGCCGAGCAGGAAACCGAUGUGAAACAACGCUGCGUCGUGUAAAUGAGGGUUACCCGAGGCCAAAUUACCUCCCCCUCCCCCCGCCUUAAUCUCCCCAAUCCUUGAAUCCCCAAAUUCCUAAGGCCGGUAACGCACUUGGAACGCCUCUGGGGUUCCAGGAGUCCAAGCCGGGCGACGCCGAUCGCUUACUAACAGGUGAUCCGUCGGCUCGUUUGCCGGCUUAUCCUAUAAAAAAAAUCGUUUAGCAAACAAUACCGCGUUCGGAGCUCUGAUUGGCCUAUUCCAAUAAACCAACCAAUCAGACCGUCGAACGCGGUAACGUUUCGUUCGCGUAGACGUAAAAUAUUUCGUACUAAGCUCUCACAAAAUACCGAUAAUUAGUUAUUGAGAUUAGUCUUAUGAGUUUAUUAAAUGAUGACCGAUCAUUCAUUUUGAUCGUUAUGUGAACUUUAAUAUGUAUAGGAAUAAUGCGGGUACAACCGCGCGGCAAGAAUUAGGUAUAUUCAUGAACUUAGGGUUUGCGAUUUUAUGCUCAAUAUAUGGCGCUAGUGAGAUGUGAGAUACUUUUAUAAUCUGUGAUUCAAAGUUAAACGUUAACGGCCAGUCUUAUUAGAUUGUCUGGCGGUAGAUUUAUCUACUAUAUUAUUUGAAAGGUCGAGGUGUCGCAAGUACGACUGCCGGGCAAGGUGUCUCGGGUUCGAUUCCCAGGUCGGGCAAAGUAUUAAGU